AUGGCUUUAGCAGACAAGAGACUUGAGAACUUACAGAUCUACAGAGUUCUGCAGUGUGUUCGCAACAAAGACAAGAAGCAGAUAGAGAAGCUGACCAGACUUGGGUAUCCUGAGCUAAUCAACUUCACCGAACCCAUCGACGGGCUGAGUGCUCUCCACUUAGCCUCGGUUUCCAAUGACACCGACAUGGUUAGCUUUCUGCUCGGACUUGGUGCUCAUCCUGAUGUGCAGGACCGCAUGGGCUGUACUCCGACCAUGAGAGCCGCAGAGCUGGGCCACGAGUUGUCAAUGGAAAUUUUAGCCAAAGCCAAAGCUGAUAUGACAAUAGUUGAUAAUGAAGGAAAAGGUGUUUUGUUUUACUGCAUCUUGCCCACUAAGCGGCACUAUCGAUGUUCACUGAUUGCCUUGGACCAUGGCGCCGAUGUCAACAAUAUCACCUACGAAGGGAAGCCAGUGUUCCUCAAAGCUUGCGAGGAGGCACAUGAUGUGAAGGAUAUGUGCCUGACAUUUUUGGAGAAAGGAGCCAAUCCUAAUGCGAUCAACACAUCCACAGGGCGCACAGCUUUGAUGGAAUCGUCAAGAGAAGGGGUGCUGGAAAUAGUUCGAGGUAUAUUGGAAAGAGGAGGUGAAGUGAACGCAUUUGACAAUGAUAGACACCACGCUGCUCAUUUUGCUGCCAAAGGAGGUUUUUUUGAUAUUCUGAAGCUCCUCUUUGCCUACAAUGGAGACAUGGGGUUGAUUGGAAUGGAUGGGAACACACCACUUCACUUUGCUGCUAUGGGUGGUUUUGCGGAUUGCUGUAAAUAUCUAGCUCAGCGAGGAUGCGACCUGAAAUGGAAAAAUUUGGAACAUAAAACACCCCGAGUUGUGGCAAAAGAUGGAGGCUUCAAAGCUGCUAGUAAGGAAAUACGGCGAGCAGAGAGGACUGCGGCUAAACUUGCUAAGCCAGGAGUAAAAAAUCCUAACCCACUCUGGGCCCUCAGGCUGCAUGACUGGUCCAUAGAGCACGAGACUGUCCUUCGGGAUGCCUUUAACUUCGUGGACAGGGGCGAUGGUGUAGUCAGCAAAGAUGACUUCGUGGUGACCCUGGAGGAGAGGCAAGAAUAUGCCAACUCAGAGCAGUUGCUUUCCAUUGCUCAAAUGCACGAAAAAAGCCGGGGAGGUGGGGUCAACAUUAAUGAGUUCUUCAAGGGAACCAAAUACUUAAGCAAGUCUUUUGUCUUGGGAUCUUUCGGGCCUAAGAAAAAGAAAAAGGGGUUGGGCAAAAAACCAAGGAAAGGCAAGUUUGUUUUGCCUCUCCCCAUCUGCACCAUCCCUGAGAACGCCUUUCCUCGGCGGCCGGAUGGGGGCCCGCCCUACUACAUGGUUGAGACCUACCAGAAUGUCACCGACAGCCACAGGUUCAACCGGGACCACCCACCCGAGCACCCCAUCCAGGAUGAUUCCGAGUGGUACAUCGAUGAUCCGAAUAGGGUCUUCGCAAAUAUUAAUUUUAUCACCAAAGCAGGCGACCUGGCCUCUCUGAAAAAGGCCUUCGAAGCAGGAAUACCUGUGGAUAUGAAGGACAAUACUUACAAAACUCCUCUCAUGACAGCGUGCGCCAGCGGCAACAUUGAUGUGGUCAAGUUUCUUAUCGAAAAGGGGGCAAACGUUAAUGCAACAGAUAAUUUUCUGUGGACUCCGCUUCAUUUUGCAUGCCAUGCUGGCCAGCAAGACAUUGUUGAGCUUCUUGUUAAAUCUGGAGCUGCAAUAGAUGCAACAUCAAUCAACAACUCCACUCCGCUGAGCAGGGCCAUUGAAAGCUGUAGACUGGACACUGUAAAGUACCUACUUGAUAUGGGCGCCAAAUUCCAGAUGGAAAACAGAAAAGGACAUGCUGCCAUGGAUAUUGCAAAGGCAUAUGCUGAUUAUAGAAUAAUUGAUAUGAUUAAAGAAAAGCUAGAUAACCUGCCUAAACCAACAGAUAAUCAAAAAAUGAAAGGCAAGCUUCCUAAACUGAAGACAGAAGGCGCGGAUGUUAAGAAAGAAGAGGAAACACUGUCUUCCAUUUACACUGUGCCAGCAAUAACAGAGGAGAAGAAAGUACACAGGGAUAGUGUGGUUUACCUCAAUUCCCUGAUUACCAGUGGCUUCACUAAGAAAGUUGAUAUCACAUUUAUCCCCAAAAGGAUUUGGAGUCCUGAAGCCACAACAGCAGAGCUGAUCAGGAAGAGAGAACUUCGGAGGGAGAGGUUCACAUAUGAGGUGGACUUUGAUGACUUCAUGAUGCCUUUCCAAAAGAACAUUACAGAGAAAGCUCAGGCAAUGGAGGCACUGCUCAAGAACUAA